AUGGCAACUACGCUAUCGCCGUCGUCCUUAUCUCCAUACGACGAACAUAUUCCAACCGCAACCGUAGCGCUGCCAUCCAUCGCCUCCAAUUCCGCCUCCCGCCGACUGCCUCCGCCGUGCUGGUCCCAUGACGAGACGGUGGCUCUAAUCGACGCUUACAGGGACAAAUGGUAUUCUCUUCGCCGUGGAAACCUUCGGGCCUCCCACUGGCAGGAGGUUGCCGACGAGAUCGCCGUCCGGUGCUCCUCCAGCACCCCAAAGACCGCCGUCCAAUGCCGUCACAAGAUGGAGAAGCUUCGCAAGCGUUACCGUUCAGAGAUCCAGCGCGCCACUCAAUAUGGCAGCCCCCGCCAGAUCUCCUCCUCCUGGGUCCACUUCCAAAGCAUGCACUCCAUGGAGAAAGGCCCCAAGGGCUCCCCUUCAUCUGAUGAAGAGCGGCAUGAAGAAGAGGAUCACAAGAACAGCAUCUACGAUGCACACAACAAUAAUUACAGUAAUCGGAAAGGUAAUUUUAGUAAUCAAGGGCUUAUGAGUAAUAUGAUGAAUGGUGUGUUUCGAAUCAAAAUCCCAGGUGUGGCAAGUGCAGGGCGUAGUGCACCGAAGGUUUAUGGUAAGUUUAAUGAGAUGGGUGGUAAAAAUUCUAAUAAUCCUCACCCUCACCCUAAAAUCAAUUCUACCUCUAGUGGUAAUGGGUACAGGGUUUCUGGUAAAGAUUUGAGAGAGAUGUUUAUGGGGAGGGAUGAGAUGGGGUAA